UUACUAAAUCAACAAUAACAUAGAAACCUAUAAUUUAGAAUACCAUAGUUUUUAUAUUAAAACCAUACGUACAAAAGCCCAGAUACAUUUUUCAAUCUACAUAAUUGCCUGGAAAAUUAAAUUGAUUUUGUAAUAUUUUUAAUUUCUUGCCUAUUCAAACAUCUAUAUAACGAAUAUGGGUGAUUCCGCAAGACCCUUCAAAACGGAUUUGACUGCAAGAUUCUUUACCUAUCACUGGAGAGGUUUGCUAACUAUUGUCAUACCUAUGGCAGCUAGUCCUUUCGUUUUAUGUUUUCCUGGUAGAGCUGAGUUUCGCUGCAUGUUUCUGAUAUUGGUUUGCUGUUUCUAUUGGAUAACCGAAUGUAUACCAUUGUAUGUUACCUCGUUGUUGCCCAUAUUUGUACUGCCAAUAAUGAAUAUUUUGAGCUCCGAACGUACCUGUCAAAAUUAUUUCAAGGACACUUUGGCGAUGUUUCUAGGAAGUCUCAUUGUGGCAUCUGCCAUAGAAUAUUGCAAUUUGCACAAGAGAUUAGCCCUAAAGACCAUACUAGUGGUGGGAUGCAGUCCCAGAAGAUUACAUCUGGGUUUGGUUUGUAUAACCAGUUUCAUAUCAAUGUGGAUUUCAAAUUCUGCCACUACAGCCAUGAUGUGUCCCAUAGUAAAAGCGGUGUUGCACGAAUUGGAAACGAAUAAAGUAGUCGAUGUCUGGAUGCCCGAAGAGGUGGAACCUGUUACGGAAGGCAAAAAGCAUCCUUCACGCAUUGCCAUGGCAUUUUAUUUUGGCAUAGCCUAUGCCUCAACUAUAGGUGGUUGUGGAACCUUGAUAGGCACUGGUACAAAUUUAACCUUUAAGGGAAUAUUUGAAGGACGCUUUCCUAAUGCCACCGAUAAAAUAGACUUUCCUCAUUUCAUGGGCUGGGCCAUACCAAUGGUUAUAGUUGACACUAUUCUCUUGUUUAUCUGUCUACAGUUUACCCAUUUGGGUUUAUGUCGUCCCCAGAGUCAAACUGGCCUCGAAGUGGCUCGUGGCGGUGAAGCUGCUGAUACGGUUAAGGCUGUGGUCAUGGCAAAAUAUGCCGAACUUGGACCCCUUUCAAGUCAUGAAUGCCAGGUUUUAUUUUGGUUCUUGACAAUGAUUGUUUUGCUGUUCACUCGAUCGCCGGGAUUCAUGCCAGGAUGGGGAGAUUACUUUAAUGCUGUGCCCAUAAAAACCUCUGCAGCGGUUAUGUUAUCACUAUUGGCCCUAUUUCUGUUUCCCAUGAGUUGUUCGUUUUGGAAUCACUUGAAAUCUAAAGGUAAUAUAAAAGGACCCUAUCCUGCUGUACGCGAAAAAGCUUUGAUGUCUUGGGAAUUUACUCAUGCCAAUACACCUUGGGGUCUGGUUUUCUUAUUGGGUGGUGGUUUCGCAUUGGCCGAUGCCAGUCAAGAAAGUGGCAUGGCCAAAUUGCUGGGAGAGGCUUUGUCCGGUUUGUCAGCAUGGCCGGACUUGGCUGUGCAAGGUGCUGCCAUAUUUGCCGGAACUUUUCUAACUAACUUUAGUGCUAAUGUGCCAAUAUGCAAUAUUCUAAUACCUGUAGUACAAGAACUGGCUGUUGCUAUUAAAAUGAAUCCCAUAAUGUUGGUAUUUCCAGCUGGCAUUGCCACCAGCAUGGCCUUCCAUUUGCCUGUGGGAACUCCACCAAAUGCUAUUAUAUCUGGUUAUGCAGGCAUUAAAAGCAAAUAUAUGGCUGAAGCCGGCAUCCUGCCAACAAUUUUUACAAUGCUUGUGCUUUUGUUAAAUGUCCAAACCAUGCAUUAUGUUAUAUAUCCUUCUAGAGAGUUUCCCGAAUGGGCUGCAACUGCUUAAUAACUUACCUUUUAGAAAAGAUAAUAUUCUAUGAUAUAAACUUCUUCAGCAAUAAAUGAAAUAUAUUUGUUGUAAAUAA